GCCUCUGCCUCUGCCUCUGUGUCAGGCCCCACAGCCUGGCGUUGGGAUGCUGCCAGCCGUGACCCAGCUUGACCCACUGCAAGGGGUCACAGGAUGAGCGUGGAGCGAGUCAGCCCUUUGCCGCUCGGAGAGGAGGUGAUGAUGGGAGGGGAUGAGCAGGCUGUGUCUCCAGGUGAGGAUCCCCCAACCCCGGGCGCCGACGGGGCUGGCCGCAGCUGGCAGGGGGUCGCGCUCCCGGUGACCCUCCUGGACGAGGAGGAGGACAGCGAGAAGGAGCUCUCUGACACCAGCUCGACCGGGAAUGCGGCAGAAGAUCCGGCCAAUUUCCCGGCACAGCCCGCCCUGCUGGGGAGCGGCGGAGCAGGGAGUCCGGGCCGGGCCCCCUGCCCCCGGAGCGAGGACGUUACUGCCGAGGCCUGGCGAGCCCACCGCAAGCAUGUCUUCGUCCUGAGUGAGGCAGGAAAGCCUAUCUACUCCCGCUAUGGCAAUGAGGAGGCUCUCUCCUCCACCAUGGGGGUCAUGAUGGCCCUGGUCUCGUUCGUACAGGACGGAGAUAACACCAUUCGCUCCAUCCAGUCAGACGACUACAAGGUGGUGUUUAGCCAGCACGGCCCCCUGGUGCUGGUGUCGGUCUCCCGGAGCCCCCAGUCGCCGGCACAGUUGCGCCGGGAGCUGUGCUACGUCUACUACCAGAUCAUCAGCCUGCUGACCCAGGCCACCGUCACCCGUAUCUUCCAGCGCAAGAAGAACUACGACCUGCGGCGCCUGCUGGCUGGCUCCGAGCGCAUCCUGGACAGCCUACUGAGGCGCCUGGACACGGACCCCGGCUUCCUGCUCGGCGCCGUGCAGUGCCUGCCCCUGGCUCCCUCCCUGCGCGAAGCCGUGAGCUACCUCCUGCUGCGAGCCGUCACCCCAAACCUGGUGUUCUCCAUCCUGCGCUCGGGCAGGCUGGUCAGCCUGGUCCAGGAACGGGCGGUCCUGGAGGACACGAGGCUGCACCCGGACCGACCUGCACCUCCUCUUCAACCUGCUGGCAGGCUCGUCGGCGCCCCCGCGGCGGGAGAGCUCUGGACCCCGGUCUGCCUGCCGCGGCUUUACCCAGACAGCUACUUCUACGCCUACGUUUCCUACCUGGACCCUGCGCACGGCGUCUGCCUGCUGCUGCUCUCCACCGACCAGGCCGCCUUCUACAGCGUGGCUGCCUGCAAGAGGAGGAUCGAGGAGGGCCUGAGGGCCCAGGGAUUGCUGGCCGCCAUCCAGGCCGCGCAGAGGGCAGCCGCCGGGGCCGGGGCCUCCAGGCUGGGCCUCUCUGAGCUCCGGCACUUCAUGUACAAGCCACUGGACAUCCCAGACAACCACCGGCAGCUCCCCCAGUACACCAGCCCUGAGAUCGAGGCACCUUACAUGACAGAGCAGGAGAAGGAGCACCUGUUUGACCUGUACCAGUAUUUACACAGUAAGAUCCACAGCUCCAAGCGGCCCCUGAAGCUGGUCUACCACGUGGCGGAGCGAGAGACCCUGCUUGCCUGGGUGACGGGGAGGUUCGAGCUCUAUGCCUGUUACAGCCCCCUGGUCACCAAAGCUGCUGCCGUCAGCACAGUUACCAAGGUGCUGCACUGGAUUCGAAAGGAGGAAGCUCAACUCUUCAUCCACUCCCCAGCCAAAUACUGCACCACCCCGAGCCCCGGCCGCAGCCCCCAGGGGCCCGAACUCAGCCGCCUGCAGCCUGGGGACAAUGGCUUCCCGUCCCUACUGUAAGGGCUUGGGGUGGGGGGGGGUGCGGUGGCUGUUACUCGAGGAUAGCAUCUUGAAGGCCGCCUCCCCCCCAGUUUUUUUUCUGGUGCAUUCCGUGCCAGACCCACAUGUUAAAAUAAGGACUGCUGCCUGGGUAUUGUGUUGGUGGGGGUGGGGGGCAACUGUUCAAUAAAUUCACUUGUGGCUAUGGAA